AUGAAGGGCUUAAGUUCAUACGAUUUGAAGGCUAUUUCAACUACAUUUGCUAAUCUCAACAAUUUUGUUUUUGUUCUGGAAUCAUUCAAUCUCACAUCAGGCGCCAGAUCUGACAGAGCAGGAGGAACGAUCUCAAUCUUAACAAUUAGGGUUUCAUCAACAAUUGGAGUUAUCUCUUGCGCUCAGGCUUGGAACACAAAAGCAUGGCUUAGUAAGUCAAAGUGCGGGUCAUCAAAUCGCAACAACGCCGAUAUCAAUGACAGGUCAUCUCGACACACCGGUGGAUCUAUGGGUUUCGAUGAGCAUCGUGAAAACUGGAGAAGGACAUAUGGUCGGGAACCUACUUGGAAAGAACUCUUCCUACAAACCCACCUCACCAAAGAAUGCAAAGAAAAGUUAAGGAAAGGUGAGAUUAGCAUAUAUGACAUGAAGAAUUUGAAAUUUUGUACAAACCAAUCCAAAGAAGUAUAUGGGGGGUACUUGGAGGCGAUGCAUGAUAUUCACGGGUCGGACCUCACUGAUUGUCCUGAUGACCCUGAGGUGUGGGCUCGUGUGCAGGCAGGAGGUCAUAGGACCACCCGGGUAUUUGGGGUAGGAUCUUCAGAUCUACAUUACAUGGUGAGUGGGACAUCAUCAUCUUCUAGUGGGUGUGCGCCAUCAUCAUCUGUUGAGUACCAACGAUCCAUAGAAGAGGCUCAAGCAAUGCGAACACAACUGGCAAAGCUUGAAGCUCGCCUCGAGGUUGAGACGAAGGAGAGGGAAGAUCUUAGAGUUCAUCUUGAAAGUGAGAGUAAAGCGAGAGAAGACCUCCAACAACACAUGGAAAGAGAAUUACAAAACUUUAUGAAGAAUUGGCAUCCUCCUAAUAAUUAGUUAGCAUUUGCUUAUCUUUUUAGACAUAUACGCACGUUAAACGUUUGUUAGUUUUGUGGUUUAGAAACACUAGAAAUGGCGUAAUGUACUGUUUUCGUUUUCGAGUACGGUGAUUUUAAAACAGGUUUAUUAAUA